GGGGUAAGGAAAUCAUCGAAUAGAAUCCAGACCUUUUUUCCCCAAACUUCAACGUCUUCAACAACGUCAGGACCAUAUUGUUUUACAUAUUUCACUCUUGAAUACCGUCAAUCCCCGGCGUGCACGUAAAUAUUGAACAACGUCAUAUCUUAGCACAUCAUUACAGCUUGGGAGUAAGCAUAAUCAUGAGCCCGCCUAGCACUCAGGCAGAGUUUUCCUGUCAGACGUGCAAUCUCCCAUUCCAACGCAAGGAGCACUACCAGCGACACCUACGCACUCAUACAAAAGAGAAGCCAUUCACAUGCUCUGAAUGUGGACAAAGCUUUGGUCGGGUCGACUCUCUUGCUCGUCACCAUACAACUCUCCAUCUAAGCACCGAUCGUCAAGACAGCCGUGAUCGUCCUAAUGAUCGCCGUCGAGUAUCGCAGGCUUGCAAGCCAUGCAGUACCUCAAAGGUGAGAUGCGAUGGCGAGCACCCAUGUCAAAGAUGUCGGCAACAGGACAAUGACUGCUACUACGAGCCACAUGCGAAGCGAAAGAUGUCAGAGACUAGCUCUGAUAGACCAACCGCCAAACGGAAUCGAGAAAAAGCCCCAAUCAAUGUUGAGGUUCUCGAAAGCAUCAAUGUCAACCUGAAUAGUAGAAAUUCACCGCUCUCACCGCCCGCAACUGUUCAAGACAACAGCUCUAACACAGCCAAUUAUGCCAACAACUACAUCUCUCCGGUUCAUGAUCCAUUCAUCGAGCUAUCCAAACCCAACGACCUCAAUGCCAAUGCCCAACCUAUCGACCCGCUGCUUGUUGCACAACAUAGCGCAUCUAUCGGGUAUCAUGGCACUCAGCCUGGCCCCGCUGACGUACUUUUUGACACUGACGACAUGUUGACAAGUUUCAACUCUGUGAAUACGGUGCCGGCACCCCUACCUUCUCUACUAUUCGGCGACGCCUUCGAAACUAACGGAUGGCUCAACUAUGGCGCCGAUCAAUCAUUUGCGCCCCUCUUUCUUCAGAACGAUGCAUCUCUCGACGCCAUCAAUGAGCUCUGGUUCGACCAUGCAGGUUUCAAAGCGCCCCAGCAACCCAUCACCUCACAGCUUACACCAGCCUCUUCAAUGGUCGAUCAAUCAGCUGUGGCAGAGCUCUAUAGCCGCAGUCACUCUCCCACUAUUGACAGGGAUGCGGUUGAGCCUAGAGAAUAUGUGCCUGUCUCGAUUGAACUGGACGCGCAACUCAAUUUUCCCGAUUUGUCUCACCUGACGGCCGAGGACGUUGAUCAUGAGAAUUUGGCACAUGUAGAUGAUAUCCCUGAAGAAGUGGCCAAGAAUGUGGCCGAGGCAGCAACGGAAAUACAGAACAAUGGUAAUUUCCCGCAUUUUAGGAAUCUGGCUAUUCCGCCAACGCCAGUGUUAAAUGCAUGGGUCCAGCUGUACUUUGAGUACUUCCACCCAGUGAUGCCUAUUCUGCACAAGUCGACUUUUUCCUCGUCUAAAAGGCAUUGGCUGCUUAUCUUUACAGUGGCCGCCAUCGGUGCACACUUUUCAACCAUCAAAGAUGCCCAGGCAUGCUCAAGGGCAAUGCAUGAGACUAUUCGACGACAAUGCUCAACGAUGUGUGAACGACAGAACUCCAACGGUAGAGAGCUUUGGAUGUCGCAAACUAUCCUCCUGAACCAUAUCGGCCUGCUCUAUGGUGGUGAACGGAGGUCUCUGGAGAUUGGCGAAUUGCUGCAAGCCUUGCCCGUAACUCUGGGACGACGAAAGCGUCUUUUUACAAACAUGUUUCCCGUCGACAAGUUUGCUCAGCUUCAGUUGCCACAUGCUCAGAAAUGGCAGAUUUGGCUGCUGGACGAAGAGCGGCGGCGGGCAGGCUUUGCCAUCUGGCUCUUGGAUGCUGCAUUCAGCGCGCAUUUCGACCUUACUAGUCUUAUGAGGCUGUCUGAACUGCAGAUAUCUCUGCCUCGGCCGGAUGAUCGUUGGGGUGCAUCGACGGCCCAGUGCUGGGCCAACUUUCCUGCCGUUGAAAACUCUGGCUCUGGUGGACUUCCCACGAUGGAGCGUGUCAUCGCCGAAGAUAGUUGGCGCUUCGUAUGGUCGAGAACCAACACCUUGGGCAAACAGGUUAUGCUGCAGCAUCUCACAAAUGUUAUCAAGGAUCGGAGCGCAGACCAGCCUGGUACUCCAGGCUUCUCGUAUCACGACAAACUACAGGCGUCCAAUGUCUUGACUGACUUUCUGAAUCUGAUUGAGACCGACCAGAUGGAGCAAUCCAUUGAUGAAGUAAAGGCAUCGACAACGCACAAGAUCAUGGCCCUGGCUGCUUUGAUGACACACAAUAUUCCAGUUAAGAGCCUACUUCCAACAAUUAUUCGAUGCAUAUACGGCAAGCUUGACAAUCAGGACUGGGCGGCGAUUAGCGAUCGGUGGAGAGGAUCGUCCGGGCAAGGAAGGCUUGGGUGCUUCUAUGCCUCGCGCAUCCUCCAUGUAGUGCGGUCAAGCCGGUCAUCGCACUUCGGUACACCUGUCUCGCUUCUCCAGGCAGUGUUGGUUUUGUGGCUUUACUCGGCGCUUGCUGAACGGUACCGUGAUGGGUUUUUGUUCUCGCGCACGGCUCCAGCUGUGGUGCUUGGCCCGAAGCCCCUGGACCAGAUGGAGACUAACUCCUGGAUCGAGAUGGGGUGGAGCCGAGUCAAGUUACCGGGCAUCGGUAAUCUGCUUUGUGCAGAGGGCAGAGCCAAGUUGUUGGACGAUGCGGUGGUGCUUAUGAGAUCGUUGAAAGGCUGGGGUAUCAGUAACGCAUAUGCUCAGAUCUUGUUGCGUCUGAGAGCGAGUGAGACGUCUAAUAUGGCCCAUGGAUGAGUUCCGAGGAGCUUGAAAAGUUUACGCACUACGUAGCAUGUUCCGAGCAUUCAGGAAGGGUUUUGCAUGUCUUCUGCUGGUGAUUAUAAUUGAACACCAUACAUUCUAUUAAGGUUGAGUUUAGAAAAGCUAUACUGAGGUUUGGCCAUCAUUCUGGUAAUGACCUGUAGCUUGCAAUGUGUCACUGUACAGUACCGGGUCUGACGCGGCUGUUCCAUGGGUUUUCAUAUUGCUGGGUGUUCUUAUGAUCCAUCAUCUGCAUCACCACCGAAUGACCUCCCCUUGCAAUUGUCAGAACAAGGAUAUGAAUUCAAAAGACAAAAUUCCU